AUGAGCCACCACCUCCGUCAUCACAAUCACCACCGUGAUGCCACCAAGCGCUGUGGACCCAAACCCCUGGACACAUCCAUCACACUGCAGGCAGGCCAAGUGGUCUUCCGGCUCCUAUGUCACGUGAUCAACGCUGGGGGAGUCAUCGGAAGCUCCGGUGCAAUCGUCAAACGCUUGGAACACUUAACCGGUGCGAAAAUCUUGGUGGAGGACACGAUUCCGAACUGCCACGAACGGGUCAUCAAUAUCAUCGGCGAUGCAGCCAUUGACAAGAAGAUUGCAGUUGAUGUUCGAGACGAGAACUUGAUAGAAGGAUGUGAAGAGGUGUCGCAGGCACAGGAGGGGUUGAUUAGGGUUUUCGAGAGGGUUUUGGAGGUGGAAAGGAAUAAUGGUGGGGUCAUUGGCUGUAAAUUGCUCGUGGGUAAUGGGCAAAUUGGGGCGGUAAUGGGGAAAGGAGGACGAAUUAUUUCUGAGAUUCAGAAAACUACGGGGGCAAAGAUUCGUGUCUUGAACAAAGAGCAGGUUCCAGUUUGCGCAACGCCAGAGGAGCGAUUGAUCCAGAUAAUGGGCGGCAUGGUUUCUGUAAAGAAGGCUUUGGUUGCUGUUUCCUGCCGUUUACAAGAUCGCACACCAAUAGAGAGUGCAGUGGUACACUGUGGAUCUUUAUGUAAUCCACGCACGGCCUAUUCCCCUAGUAAUUCUGUUGACCAUUCUUUGAUUGGGCUAUCAUUGUCAGCUGACGUUGACAGAGUCCUUACUUUGGAUAAAGACAGUGGGCAACAAGAAGUUGUGUUUAGAUUGCUCUGCUCUACAUUGACAGUUGGGGGUCUAAUUGGCAAGGGUGCAACCAUAGUCAAAUCUUUAGAGAAGGAAACAGGUGCUUCUAUAAAGAUUCCAGCUGCUGUACCUGGGUCAAAUGAGCGUGUUGCCACUAUUGCUUCAUUGGAGAAUCCUGAACUAUUGUACUCGCCUGCUCAAAUUGCCAUUGUUCGUGUUUUUGCUAGAUCCAUUGAGGUUGGCUUUGAUCACCGGCUCAUAUCAGGCUUGGGUAAGGGGGAAACUAUAACUGCAAGACUUCUUGUUGCGUCAAACCAAACCAGUUGCCUGAUUGAUGAAGGAGGAAGCGUUGCUUCAGAUAUAAGUACUCUAACUGGUGUUGAAAUACAGCUACUGGGAGGGAACUUUAUUCCAAGUUGUGCCACGGAGAAUGAUAGAGUUUUGCAGAUUAUUGGUGAAUAUGAGAAUGUAAAGAGUGCUCUAUUUGAAAUUACCGGUAGACUGAGGAAUAAUAUUUUUUCCAGUCUGGUAUCUGAUAGAGCAGGAGUUGGGCGCUAUUCUUUCUCUGCAAUCCCUGAUAGGAUUCCCCAUGAGAGUGGGAACACUAUUUCUCCUGGAUCGGACCAGUUUUCAGGUCGGUAUCCUUUUCAUCAAGUGGAUCACCUUGGAUUUCUGCCCAAGUUCGGUGCUCCUCACUCCCCAAGGUUGCAGCCUUCACAGCUGAAGAAAAUGGCUAGAGGGGAAAGAAAACCACCAGAAGAUAGUGUAGGAGGCUUGACAACUUCUAAAGGUGGGCUUGAUCAUGGGAGCAUGGGUCCUGCUGUUGUAACAAAUAAAACUGUAGAGGUUGUAGUUCCUGAACAAGCUUUUGGCUCCAUCUAUGGUGAGAAUGGUAGCAAUCUGGCUCGUCUAAAAGAGAUUUCAGGUGCAACAGUAAUAAUGCAAGAUCCUCGCCCUGGUGAACAAGAUGGGAAGGUAAUCAUAUCCGGGGUGCCUGAUCAAAUCCAGGUUGCAGAGAGCCUGCUUCAAGCCUUCAUCCGAGUUUGA